GGCUAACGAGCGGCAGCCGGACGAAGGCGCAUGCGUCUUUUUCAGGCUUGGGCGGCCAAGUAGAUGUCUGCGCCGUUCGAAGAGCGGAGCGGGCUCGUGCCCUGCGCCACUCCCUGGGGACGCUGGUACCAAACCAUGGAAGAGGUCUUCGUCGAGGUCAACGUGCCGCAAGGGACCCGAGCGCGGGAUGUGGAAUGCAGCCUGAAGAGCCGGCACCUGGCUUUGACCGUAGCUGGGAAGGAGGUGCUCAAGGGUAAUUUAUUUGACUCUACAAUAGCUGAUGAAGCAACCUGGACACUAGAGGAUCAGAAAUUGAUACGAAUCACCUUGACAAAAACCAACCGUGAUGCUGCAAACUGUUGGAGUUCACUGCUGAAGAAUGAGUAUGCUGCUGAUCCCUGGGUUCAAGACCAAAUGCAAAGGAAGCUUACAUUGGAAAGGUUCCAGAGAGAGAACCCUGGAUUUGACUUCAGUGGAGCAGAAAUUUCUGGAAAUUAUACCAAAGGAGGGCCAGACUUUUCUAGUCUUGAAAGAUAAUGUGUCCUUUCAGCUAUAUUUCCUCCAGUUUGUACAAAAUGACAAAGCAUUAAGCUUCAGAAUAGCUUAUUGUUGUUGUUUUUUUCUGGACAGCUUUAAACCACAAAAUAAUGAUUGUUACCAGAAUUGCACUAACGUAAUUAAAAAUAAACAUUUCAUGCAUACUGAGACCAAUAUUAUUGGUAUGAUGACACUCUUGUUCAAGGUUAACAGCAGUUUCAAUUGCUACAUUUUAAAUUGUUAAUUGAUAUGCCAGUAAUAUUGUUUUGAAAGUCUGUGAUCUGGCUUAUUCUUU